UAAGCUUAGACUCCAAGAAGUAGAAGAUAUUUCUGUGUCUUAAAACUGAACGUAUCUACAUUUCUGCAAAACAUCAAAGCUCGGACGAGAGGAAGACGAAGCCAACGGAAACCCUAACUCCAAGCUUCCAACAACUGGUUGUCUUGCCGAUAAUUUCAACUCAGUCCGUGGUGCGCCAAGAAUGGCUUCUCUGGCGAUCUCUGCCAGUCUCCUCGCCGCGGGCAAGUUCCGCUGUCGUCUCCCCAGUAGAAACGCCGUUGUAAUGUGUAAUUUGGCUGAGCCUUUGAAGUUUGAAGACAAUGGAAAGCCAUCCAUUCCAGUUCUUGGCAUUGAACAAACAAGAUUCCCCAGUUUUUUGGCUCCUAACUAUCUAGAAACAAAUGCAGUCAACAAAAAUGAUACUAGGCUCCGUAUAUUCUCUGGAACAGCUAAUCCUUCACUUUCUCAGGAAAUUGCUUGCUAUAUGGGUCUGGAGCUUGGAAAAAUUAAGAUAAAGCGUUUUGCUGAUGGCGAGAUAUAUGUCCAAUUACAAGAGAGUGUUAGAGGAUGUGAUGUAUAUCUUGUGCAACCCACUUGUCCUCCUGCAAAUGAGAACCUUAUGGAGCUUCUGAUCAUGAUAGAUGCUUGCCGAAGGGCAUCAGCCAAGAAUAUUACUGCUGUGAUUCCGUACUUCGGUUAUGCCAGAGCUGAUCGCAAAACUCAAGGGCGUGAGUCCAUUGCCGCCAAACUUGUGGCAAAUCUGAUUACCGAAGCUGGUGCAGAUCGUGUUCUUGCCUGUGAUCUACAUUCAGGACAGUCCAUGGGUUACUUUGAUAUUCCAGUUGACCAUGUGCAUGGACAGCCUGUAAUACUUGAUUAUCUCGCUAGCAAGACCAUCUGUUCUGAUGAUUUAGUCGUGGUCUCACCUGAUGUUGGUGGAGUUGCUAGAGCACGUGCUUUUGCCAAAAAAUUAUCGGAUGCACCCCUAGCCAUUGUGGACAAAAGGCGUCAGGGACACAAUGUUGCGGAGGUUAUGAAUUUAAUUGGGGAUGUCAGGGGAAAAGUGGCAGUUAUGGUUGAUGACAUGAUUGACACUGCUGGUACUAUUUCCAAAGGAGCAGCUCUAUUACAUCAAGAGGGCGCGAGGGAAGUCUAUGCAUGCAGUACACAUGCUGUUUUUAGUCCUCCUGCAAUAGAAAGGUUGUCAAGUGGCCUGUUUCAAGAGGUGAUCAUAACAAAUACCAUUCCACUGUUGGAGCAGAACUAUUUUCCACAACUGACAGUCUUGUCUGUGGCAAACCUCCUGGGGGAGACCAUAUGGCGUGUUCAUGAUGAUUGUGCAGGUGGCUUUGAACCAUAUUCCAGCUUGGGUAUUGAUUAAUGAAUUCUCACAUGUGAUGCAUCUACUGGACUUUGUUCCUGCCGCACAACUAGAGGGCCUGAAGCAGGAUCCCAGAAGAUUCCAACAGUUUUACCCAGCGAGGGAACCGCCACAGUAUUUCCUUUGUAUGUACCAUUCAGAUUGCAGAACUUAUAGUUUUUUGGUCUACCCCAGCAUAUAGCCUACAUUCAAGUAUAUGCAAGUAUUGCAUGUGGGCAUUGAUGAAUUUGUUGGAGGGAACUGCUUUGCUGUCUAAUAAAAAUAGCGAUCAUUAAAUGUUAAUUUUUUCACAUUUUUGUCAA